UGUACAUAUCUUCUUACUUGUUUCCACUUGAGACUGUAGUCAUUUGCUGCGUUUUCAACACGCCCUUGUUAAGUUAAGAAAUGCUUCAUCAGUAGUACAGACAAACAAACAAAAGAGAAAGAAUAAUAGUAUGAGGUGCAGCGAUUAGAAGUUGGUUAGGCACGCAAAAGAUCAGGAUCGGCUUUAUAACUGCCUGGAUGAAAUUAUAUCUUUAAACUACUGUCUUUGCUUCCUGAGAAUGUCGAACUUUCUUUAAAGUCCGAUACUGGCAACAUGCUGAAAUUCUGCUUGUCUGCAUCUCUUUCCUUCCGUUUUCAUUAUUAGUGUCCGCUGCAAUUCCUACUCGACAUCUCUUUUCUUUGCUUACGAUAUUCUCUACAAUGUCUGUAGUGACUAAAAGGAGGCGUCUGUCAGCAACUGCUCUAGUCUAAUUAGUAAGUUGAAAGAAGAAAGUAAAUGUGACAGUUUUAUUGUGGACUAUGCCAAUUUUGAACAUCCAAAAUGUACCUAUUUGUUAUGUGGCCUGACGGUGACACUGUGUACAAGCGGUGCUGGAGAGAUUUCAUACAAUUUAUUGUUUUUUCCUCUAUUUAGCAGGUAAACACUAUUUUAUUUGAUUCUUUUUAGUUUUGAGAUAAAAAUUGUACCUGUAGGUACGUUUUGUAUUAAGACUUUGUGUAUUGUGGAAGCAUCCAUCAUGUUGACGACGACACUAUCUAUUAGCUUAUCGUAUUUUACUGCCUAAAUACUUGAUACACAUACCAAAGGGGUUGUGAAACACGAAAUAGGUAAUUCAUCAUAUUAAAUCAUUUGCUAAAUUGAAAUUUAAAAUGAAGUCUUUUAUGUUAUUUAUUCAUACGAUUUAGACAAUUGAUUCGUAAUCUUCAGGGGUCUCCAUACACUGAAAUUAUGAUAAUAAAUUACCAUUGUUGCAUCCUGAGCUGAUUUUUACACGUAUGCAAAAUUUCACAGCUACAAAGAAGUGGUAGAAAUAGUGAUUACAAUUAACUUCUCGAAUAAAAUAGAAAGAAAGAAAAUCAACAUGCGUAAAUUUAUUUGAUUUCAACAAAGGAAAGUUAAAUUGGUAACGUGCUAGUCCAGUCAGUUACCUCUACGAAUAAAAAACAAAGAAACGACCUCGAAUAGUAUUCCAAAAAUAUAGUACCUACAUUAUGCAUUUUGCGUAGCGUGAAAGGAGACUGUUCCAGAAAUAGGCACAUGUGUCUCGUCAAGAUGAGUUAUUUCGGAUUUUGAUUUUUUAAAUAUUUAAAGUUUUAGAUAGAUAUGCGCAAAUAAAUGAAAUGAGUACGUUGUCGUCGUUAUCAAAAGAAAAAAGUGCUGUCAGACGCAACCAAAGUUCCUUUAUCAAAUUAUUUGUUUCAGUUAUCUUCGAGUUGGGAGAAGGGGCAGUGGUUGCCACGAUUUUCUACGUUUUGCCUUCACUAUGGUUCGCCAGUUGCAAGGCCACUCGCGACAACAACAGCAUGUUCACGUUUAUCAUUUAUUAUUAAUCGAACGCGCGUUUACAGUUACCGACACUUGUGCGCACGUGUUUUUUUGUGACAACACUACUUUCUUCCACGUUAGAAAAUAAAAUGGUCAUUGGCGUGACAAAAAACAGGAACGAGGAUGAUGAAGACCUAGACGUGCCUCCCCCACCAGAUGGUGGAUGGGGAUGGGUCGUGGUCUUCGGAUCGUUAAUGAUUCAUGUCAUCAACGAUGGGAUUACAUAUUCAUUUGGGAUAUUUUAUGAUGAAUUUUUGGAAUACUUUAAGGAGGGUGCCGGAAAAACAUCCUGGGUCGUAUCCAUCUUGGUUGGCACCACAUUUUGUUCAGGUCCUAUAUCUAGUGCAUUUGUCAACAAGUAUGGCUGUAGAGCGGUAACUAUGGCCGGGGCUGUUCUAGCAACAGUUUCCAUGGUACUCAGCUGCUUUGCACAGAAUGUGACGACUUUACUUUUUACGAUCGGCAUUGGAACCGGUCUUGGUUUUGGCUUGAUCUAUCUUCCGGCGAUUGUAAGUGUAACAACGUAUUUCGAAAAAAAGCGCUCCCUGGCCACAGGCAUUGCAGUAUGCGGAGCAGGAUUCGGGACAUUCGCAUUUGCCCCAGUGAUUACUCUUCUUAUACAAGAGUUUGGCUGGAGAGGAGCUAUGCUCAUUACCGCUGGAAUAGUUUUGGAAUGUGCAGUUUGUGGUGCCCUAUUUAGACCAUUGGAAUACGAAAAGAAACAAGUACAAAGUAAUAGCUUCAACCCGCUGAAAAACAGUGAGGCAAAAACUGAUUUGCACUAUUCAGACGGCAACAAUUAUCUAGAAUUAUCGAACGGAAAUGCCAACUUGACAAGACCGCACAGUAUGAUUCACUUUUCUAUUCCAAAAGGCGGUAAGUCUGGAAUUGACGAUAAAUAUCAUCGUAAUCCAAAAAACAAACACAUGGGAACAACGCGACUUGCGUCUAGUCAUCCUGUAUUAAUAACGUCCACCCAAUCCGAAGGGAACGCAAGAGCGUUUGAAAGCCAAAGCUGGAGGAGAAGACCCAUUUCAAGACCAGAUGUAUUUUACCAAGGCAGUCUUCUAAACAUUCCUAAUUACCGUUCUCGCUCUGAACUCAAAAAGUCCACCGAAGAAGCUGAUCUCGUUGAAAGAAGACAUUCGCUUACCACAUUCAGACAUAAAUACACUGAUCCUGAAGUAAAAUCGUCGAAAAUAUGUUGUGGUAUGUUUUCGUGUUCGGAAGAAACGAAGGAAACUUUAACCGUGAUGAUGGACGUUUCCCUACUGAAAGAUGUAAUAUUCAUCAUAUUUUCUCUUAGUAACUUCCUAACGAGUAUAGGUUUCAAUAUUCCCUUCGUCUAUAUAAUAUCAAAAGCGAAAUUAUUGGGAUUAACGGCUGAAGAAGCCAGUUGGCUGAUUUGUAUAAUUGGAGCGUCAAAUACAGUAGGAAGAAUUGUACUUGGAUACAUUUCUGAUAAGCCAUGGGUCAAUCGACUUCUGGUGUAUAACUUGUGCCUAACAAUAUGUGGAGUGGCCACUAUGGUCAGUGCCUUCUGUCAGGAUUUCAUCACGCUCGCGAUUUAUGGAAUCGUAUUUGGUUUCACAAUCGGUGCGUAUGUGGGUCUAACUUCUGUUAUUUUGGUAGAUCUUUUAGGAAUAGAAAAACUCACAAACGCUUUUGGCCUUUUACUGCUUUUCCAAGGAAUAGCAUCUCUUGUGGGACCGCCCAUUGCAGGCUCAUUAUAUGAUGCUCUGCAUUCGUAUGAUCCCGGAUUUUGGGUAUCCGGAGCCACGGUGGCCUUAAGUGGCGUAGUGUUAUUUGUAAUACCUCCAAUACAAAGGCACCGCGCGAAAAACAACGCGAGAAGAACUAGUGAAGGUGAAAUAUAGCAAUUACUGCAACUUAGUUCUAGUAUAAAAUAUUACCAUUCGCUGUAAUGUUCCGUAUAAAAAAACAUCAUUUACACUGAAAUUCAUACAUUCAUACAUACACAUUACACAUAUCUUCUCAUAUUAUGUGAUAUGACCAAUCAGGCUGAUCUUAUAAUACUGACCACAAUGAAAUCUGGAAUUUUGUAAAUAUACCUAGUGCCGUUUUACAUUGCACGUGCCAGCAACUGUAGAGUGUAGAUACUAAUAGAAAAUAAAAUAAAAGUUAGAAAACAAUGAACACAUAAUUACAAAGGCAAUUUUUAUCGGUAUUACAAUUAAUUUAUUUUCUUUUUAUACUUCGUUCAAUAGUCAAACGCUUUCUUUCUAUGUAACAACUUGGUUGUUGUGUGAAGGUUUUUGUGGAAAGUUUAGAAAAGACAUCCACUUUCGUUCUCAUAAAGAGUGCCAUAGAUAGCUUUAAAAAUUUAGAUUAUUUAAGGGGCAGUUAUAUUAUAAUAUAUUACUACACAUAUAUAUUAAUUUUUUAUACUAAUUCUACAUAGAAUUGAUGGAACUACGUAGCGCAAAAGUAUAAAAAAAACUUCCUCAAGCCAAAAAUGACUACGACUUUUUGACUGUUUCAAGUGCGGAAGAAAUUAUUACAUUAUUAAACGCAAAAUGAAUUUUGCACUCAGGAAUGUAAUUUGUUUUGAUCAGUUUUUAAUCCAAAACUUCAGUAGCUGUAUGUUAUCGUUUCCAACAAUAUUUUUCAUAUUUCUCUUAAAUUUAUUCUCAUACUCACACCCUUUUUGUCUUCCAUCUUGUUAAUUUUCAAAAAAAAGGAUUGUGCGAAAGUGAACCUUAAAAUAAAUAUUAAGAAAAUUAAACUACUUUUCUUAUUAAUGUUUCACUUUGUUAGAAUUUCACCCUACAAUCGUUAAGGCCUAAAAUCGACCAGACAAAACUAAUUUUUUUCUGUCCAUCGGGAACAUAUUUUUUUCUGGACAAAAGGUACCCUAUGUCCUUUUUUGUACUC